AUGUCGCGUCCGUACUCGAGCAGCACGACUGCCUCGCGCGUGGCCGGAGGGAUACCGUCGCGCGCGCACCGCGCCGCACCCAGGACGCUGAUCCCCGAGGGAGCGGAUCAUAAUAAUGGCCCGUCCCAGCGCACCUUUUUUAGCACGCUGAGCAUCCGGUCCGGCGGAGGGAUGGCGAAGCGGCUGUCUGGUCGGCCGUCGCAGCCCUCGACCUUUUACAGCGAGGCCACGCCGCCGGGCUCGUCGCAAGGGUUUGAGCCCGAGCCGCAAGACACCUAUGACGGCCGGUACGACCACGUGGCGCCACCGGCGCCGCUACCUGUCGCGACGAUCUGUGGCAUUCGGCGGCGCCGAUUUUUGAUUGUGCUAUGGGUGGUUGUUAUAGCAAUCAUAAUCGCCAUCGCUGUUCCGGUGGGCGUUGUUUUCGGAUUGCGGCGCAGUCGCCACAAGAACGAGUCUACGAACGCGACGAGCACAACCUCGCUUGCAUCUUUUGCUUCAAGUACGGCUCCCGCCGCAACCACGUCGACCGCCUCCCCAAGCGCCGCGUCGACGACGACGACGAGCGUCGUGGCCUGCCCCGACGCCAACAACACGCUGUACCUCGUGCCCGACAGUCAAAAGACAUUCAGACGCUUCUGCGGCAUCGACUACAGCGGAGUCGACCAGGCGCGCGACCUGGGCAGCGUGUGGACCACGACGGUGCAGGAGUGCAUCUUGCGGUGCGCCGACUUUUCGGGCUGCACGGCGUGUGGAUGGGGCGUCAUCGCCGACGACCCGGGCAGCGAGCACCGCUGCUGGCUCAAGGCGGACCUAAAGGCAUUGUACGGUGCUCGUCCAGGCUGGGAUCUUGCGAUAUUGGAGCAGUGA